AGAAGGAAGAGGCGGCGGCGGCGGCAACAUCCGCGAGAUGGGGAAGUAGUUAGAACCCGAGCCCGAGCCAGAGCCCGAGCCCGAGCCCGCGCCCGCUAUGGCCGGCGCCAGCCCCAGCCCCAGCCGAGCUGUCACGGCCAAGGCCAUGACCGCGGUCUCCGAGACGUACGACGUGCCCCUGGUGGCACUCAACUUCAGGGUGAGGAGCCGCCUGUCCUUGUACCUCAACCCUCCCACCCAGGUGUCAGCCUACUGGCCCGCGCUGGCCGAGGAGCUGGGCUUCGAGUACUUGGAGAUCAUGAACCUGCAGGCGCAGCCCGACCCCACGGGCCGCCUCCUGGACUCCUGGCAGUCACGAGAGAGGGCCACCGUGGGCUGCCUCCUGGAGAAGCUGGCCAAACUAGAGCGCCUGGACGUGCUCGAGGACCUGCGGCCCAGCAUCGACGAGGACUGCAAGAAGUACCUGAAGAAGCAGCGGGAGGAAGAAGCGGAGAAGCCUCUGCAGGUGCCCGCUGUGGAUAGCAGCAACCCUCAAACACCUGAGCUGGCGGGCAUCACCAUUCUGGAUGACCCACGGGGACAAAUGCCAGAACUCUUUGAUGCCUUCAUCUGCUACUGUCCCAGUGACAUCCAGUUUGUUCAUGAGAUGAUCCAGCACUUGGAGCAAACCGACUGCCGGCUGAAGCUGUGUGUGUCGGAUCGGGAUGUCCUGCCUGGCACCUGUAUCUGGUCCAUCACCAGUGAGCUCAUUGAGAAGAGGUGUCGACGGAUGGUUGUUGUCAUUUCUGAUGAGUACCUGCAGAGCAAUGAAUGUGACUUCCAGACCAAAUUUGCUCUUAGCCUAUGUCCAGGGGCUCGCCAGAAGCGUCUCAUUCCUGUCAAGUACAAGGCAAUGAAGAAGGAAUUCCCCAGCAUCCUGCGCUUCAUCACAGUCUGUGACUACACCAACCCCUGCACCAAGAGCUGGUUUUGGCCACGACUCGCCAAAGCCCUCUCCCAGCCCUGAGGUGCUCUCUCUCAGAUGUGAUGUCACCUGCAGCCUCUCUCUUGGACCAAAGACUGCCUGAUUCUAUAGGGAAGGGGCAAAGCCAGGCUUCCCUCUUUAGCCAAAACGACCACCUACAGACACAGCUGACAUCUGUAUCGCAUGCUAUGUCAUGUGUACAGCCUGUGUUGGGUUUCAUACAUGUAAUACUUGAGAUCUAUCAUGGCAGUAGGUAAGCCCUAGGGAGUCACAUGAGUGUCAGAGGCAGGUUUUGAACCCAGGUCACCUUGGAUUCAAACCCUGCACUCUCCCCACUACACCAUGAUGCCCACUGGUUGAAUAGCCCUAAAGAGAACAGAAGUUCUGCAUGACUUGUUUCAAAGAACAAGUCCUGUAGAUACCUGGUGUGGAAAUAAUGGUGACUGGCUUUUUCUCUAAGUGCCUACAAACUACCCCUUUAAUAGUCUCUUAGAGAACUUUACAGGAAAUUGAGAUCAAGCUCCCCAGUCCAGAGUUGGAAGCAUCUAUCUUCUUCCCCUUUCCUGAAAAUCUCCAGGAUGGCAUCACCUCUCAUUCCCCAUGAUUCUGCCAAUUUUUUGCAAUCAUGUCCACAAAUUAUCUCAUUGUCUUCGGCUACAGCUCAUCUGGGCAGCUGGGGAGUGGCAGGGUGGGGAAGGGAGGUCACUCUCACUAGGUAGUUUCCUAUUGUAAAUAAUUCUUCCUAACUAGGUCCAAAGCUCUGCUGUUUAUAGCCUCACAAGGACUUCAAGUAUUUAUGUUUAAGUUCAGCAUCCUGGGACAGAGUUCUGAUCACCCCACCUUACUUACAUGCUAUAGGUUCAGUGUGUUGCAUUUCAGUGCCUGAAGAGCUGUGAUCCCUCAGGAACCCCUCAUGUGAAUAUUUCACUACCCUAUUAUUGCUACCAACUGUCCUGUCUCAGCACUAAGAUACUUACUUUUUCCUCUACUCCCUGGGUAAGUGGGCUCCAACUCAGGGAGUGUAUCCCUUGCUUCUAGAACAAGCCUGGAGUCCACACUGGGGCAAACCAGACUUUUCUUUGGCUACUCCAUUAAGAGCUAAGAGACAGAAUGGUAACAAGAAAUUUUUAACCAGGGCAAGUAGCAGAGAACAGGCCCAGAGCAGGAGACCCAAAAUGUUUCUGCAAAAGCUGCUGGGGAAGCCAAAGAGAGGGAAGGGUCAGCUAGACCAAUGGGUGGAGCAAGAGCCCACCUGUGACAGGGUGGCUGCUGGGGGAAAGGAAGCUUCUUUUUUAGUUACUUAUUCUUACUAGCUAAGCUCAGUUGGUUCUAUGCUGUUGAAGAACUAAAAGUGUUCUAAUUUCAUCACCACGGUAGAAAGCCCUUGUUGCCCUACCUUAGUUGUGGCUCUGGUGGAAGGUUUGUUGGGAGUGAUUGGGUUCCACAUUGAGAACAUUCUGAAAGCCGUCAGGAGGAGGCCAUGUCAUCAGCAGCACUUGCUCUGAGGCACUCUCUGUAUUUAAGCUGUUGGCUUCUGCCUCAUGAGAGCUGCCUCAUGGCUCACCAAGUCAGAAAUGGGAGUUCGGGCUCCACCCUUGCCAGGAAGCUCAAAGGCUGGCUAUACUGGUUUUUCUGAUUAAGACUCUAGAACACAAGUGGACUGCAGAUUUAAAAGAGACUAUAGAAAGUAAUGGAAAGAGCUCCAGACUAAGACUCAGGAGUGCAGUGUCCUAGCCUUGGCUUCAUAGGCAACAAGUAUUUAUUAAGUACCAAGCAUGUGCCAGGCACUGUGCUAAGCCCUGGGCAUGUGAAUACAAGCAAACAGAAAGACCAUUUCCUGUUCUCAAGGACCUUGAAUCCUAAGAGGGGAAGCCAACUCAUAAAAGGGAGCUGGAAGGAGGGAAGGAAGGGAGAAUAAUGGCCACUCACAUGGAGGAUUGGGGGUGAAAUCUAGAGAGUCAGCAACAUAGCAAGAGGUGGGUGAGACAUGGCCAUCUUGGGCCAUCCCCCAAAUGCAGGCACUCACCAAUGGAAGAAGGGAGCGUUGGUGGGAAAGGAACAUUGCAGAUGGAGAAGGACAGUUCUAGGGAAGGCAGAAACUGAGACAUGGUGGUAAAGUCCUUAUGAGUAAGAAUUGGAGCUGCCUGCAUCUUUGUCCCCAAAGUGGAGAUGCUCAAAGGAACUCAUCAAUGGGAAAAGAGGGACUGACAUGGCAGAGGGAUAUCAAAGGGUGAGAAACCUCCAGGCACUGAUGUAAGCUCCAGGAUGGAGGGCAGCUGAGUCACCAGGACUGGCCAUGUCACUUUGAACAACUUACUUUUCCUCCCUGGGCCUCAGUUUCUCCAUUUGUAAAAUGACAUAGCCUGUGUUAGCUAGUGCCUUGGGGAGACCUGUGUCUGUUUUUAGGGCUCUGUACAAAUUGGGGAACCUUCAACUUGGUUCAAGCUGUGGUCACAAAAGCAGAAGGAUAUUGGUGGGACAGAUAUACCUAAGGUUUAGCUAGCUUGGACUCUCAUCUUAAAAAAAAAAAACUACUUCUGUUUUUGUUUCCUACAUCAUAGUCAUUUCUGGAAAGAUCCACCUUUCAUUUGCUCCUCCCCCUCCCCUCCAAAAGUAAAACCCCGUUCUAAGAAAAAUGGUUAAGUAAAAGCCUCUCCCCCACCGAGCACAUCUGGUAGUGUCCACAGCAUUCUGUCCUAGUAGGUCCCACCUAUCAGAGAAGGGAGGUAUGUGUUCCCAGGUCUGGCUUCCUUAUGGAAACACUUUCUUCUCCAUUGUUGUAGUCACUUUCACCUGCUUUUAUAAAUAACAAUAGAUUCAUUAAAUGCUGGAUGCCAACCAGAAGAGAAAAAGCUAAGGCCCCAAAAGUUGAAAUAACUAAUCGUUCCUUCUGUGUAUAAAUUGUUCUGUCUACUUCUCCAAAAACUUUCUCAUUCUUUUCUCAUUGGACAGGGAGGGGGCUGCUUAACUCUGCCCUUUCUAUUCCCAGUGGCUACUAGAGCAUUCAGUAGGCACUUAAUAAGUGCUUGUUGGUUGAUCUGUAAACAGCAGCAGGAGGUUGUCAGGGAAGACACUGUCACACUUAUUUUAUAGGUGAAGUCGAGUAGAAAGUGGUAAAGAAUGUAUUAUAUACUUAAAAAAUAAAAGCUAAGCUGUACAUUAUGGCUAUUUGGGGCUCCAUGUACCAACCUCUUUGCCUGUUCUUUGUGUAUGGAAAUGCUCUUUUGAGCUGGUGUUUGUCAAAGUCAUAAUCAAUUUUUAAAAAAAAUAAUAAAUCAUUUAAAAAUA